GCGGCGGUCUGGCUGGCUGUUGCGGGGCAGCCGAGAGGCUGCAGGGCUGCCGGCCGCCUUGCUAACAGACUCGGCGCUUCUCACGCCCCGGGAGUCCCUGCGACAAGCGGGCGGGACGCAAACUUGCGAGCAAGUGUAGGGGUCGACGGUGGUGUCGUACUGGGGCCGGGGCCGGGGAUCUGGCAGCAGCUGGGGGCCUGCGCGGCUUCCCGAGGAAGUGUGAUGGAAUGACACGGGGCGGGGCGGCCCCGGGCGACGGAGGCGGGGGACACCUUGCGGGUGGGCGCGCGACCCUGUCCUGUCCUGGCUCCUUGUGUCCCGGCUUCCCCCGCGGGCCAGUGCUCUUGGCCAGCACGCAGCGCGGGGCCCUGACGUGUGCGGGGCCAGGGCCGCCAGUCCUCCGGCUGCACUCCAGGCGGCCCUAGACCCCGGGGAGCCCUGCGGGGCAAGAGGCAGGCUCCUGGGGCGGCCCUAGGUGUCGUGGGCGCCUGCCCGGGAAUGGGCAUACAGACAGGUUAGCUCUGCCCGCGCGAUCCGGUCGGAGGUGCUAACUGCGUGUCUCCCCGCUGCCACAGGGUCGUGGCGUGCGCAGGUGGCCAGGCUCAGUGUCGGUGCCCAGCUCUCAAGGCGUCAGGGCUGCAGCCCCAGAGGCGCAAGGCGGGCUGCGGGGGGACUGGACGGCCCAGACAGCCGUUUCUCCCGGACUUCCCGGCGGGCCACCUGCGGGUUUGCUGCGCUCCGUGUCGGUGAUGGCUGCUGGUUUCCAGCAGGGGAUCUUGGUGGCCAAGCAAAUGUGUGACCCAGGAAACAGCAGCUCGGGGUCUGGGAGGCCGGCACAAGGCCGGUGCGCGCUCUGAGGUCCCCGAGCAGCGCCGCCUACCAUGGACCCAGACCCCCAGGCAGGCGUUCAGGUGGGCAUGCGCGUGGUGCGCGGUGUGGACUGGAAGUGGGGCCAGCAGGACGGCGGUGAGGGCGGCGUGGGCACGGUGGUGGAGCUCGGCCGCCACGGCAGCCCCUCGACCCCCGACCGCACGGUGGUCGUGCAGUGGGACCACGGCACCCGCACCAACUACCGCGCGGGCUACCAGGGCGCGCACGACCUGCUGCUCUACGACAACGCCCAAAUCGGCGUGCGGCACCCCAACGUCAUCUGCGAUUGCUGCAAGAAGCACGGGCUACGGGGCAUGCGCUGGAAGUGCCGCGUCUGCCCCGACUACGACCUGUGCACGCAGUGCUACCUGAGCGACAAGCACGACCUCGCGCACGCCUUCGAGCGCUACGAGACGGCCCACUCGCGCCCGGUCACGCUGACUCCCCGCCAGGGCCUCCCCAAGAUCCCACUGAGGGGCAUCUUCCAGGGGGCGAAGGUGGUGCGGGGCCCCGACUGGGAGUGGGGCUCGCAGGACGGAGGGGAAGGGAAGCCAGGCCGAGUGGUGGACAUUCGUGGCUGGGAUGUGGAGACGGGCCGGAGUGUGGCCAGCGUGACGUGGGCUGACGGCACCACCAAUGUCUACCGCGUGGGUCACAAGGGCAAGGUGGACCUCAAGUGUGUGGGCGAGGCAGCCGGCGGCCUCUACUACAAGGAGCACCUCCCGAGGCUUGGCAAGCCGGCAGAGCUGCAGCGCAGGGUGAGUGUGGACGGCCAGCCCUUCCAGCACGGGGACAAGGUGCCGUGCCCGCUGGACACAGACAUCCUGAGGGAGCUGCAGGAAGGCCUCGGCGGGCGGAGCCCCAGGAUGGCGGAGCACAACUCCUUCCGGGCGGGCGACGUGGUGCGGGUCGUCGAUGGCCUCGACACGGUGAAGCAACUGCAGGCCGGCCACGGCGAGUGGACAGAAGACAUGGCGCCCGCCCUGGGCCGCGUGGGGAAGGUGGUGAAGGUCUUCGGAGACGGGAACCUGCGCGUGGCGGUCGGCGGUCAGCUGUGGACCUUCAGCCCCUCCUGCCUGGUGGCCCACCGGCCCGAGGGGGACUGCAACCUGGACGUGGCCGAGCACACCCGGGAGCACAGAAGUGCGGGCACCUCGUGGCGGUGGGCGGUGGGUGGUGGGGCCACCCGGGGCAGCCCUGACCCUCGGCUUCUCGCCCCAGGCUCCCUGAGCGCCGCCCUGGACAAGCUGCGUGCCCAGAAGAGCGACCCGGAGCGCCCGGGGAGGCUGGUGGUGGAGGUGGCCCUGGGCAGCCGGGCCCGGGCCCUGGACCUGCUUCGGAGGCACCCUGAGCAGGUGGACACCAAGAACCAGGGCAGGACCGCCCUGCAGGUGGCUGCCUACCUGGGCCAGGUGGAGCUGGUGCGUCUGCUGCUGCAGGCCCGGGCGGGCAUGGACCUGCCGGACGAGGAGGGCAACACGGCCCUGCACUAUGCGGCGCUGGGGAACCAGCCCGAGGCCGCCCGCGUGCUCCUGACCGCGGGGUGCCGCCCCAACGCCCUCAACGGCGCCCGGACCACCGCGCUGCACAUGGCCGUGCAGAGGGGCUUCCUGGAGGUGGCGAGGGUCCUCUGCGAGCUGGGCUGCGACGUGAACCUGCCCGACGCCCAAGGGAGCACGCCGCUGCACUGCGCCAUCUCCGCGGGCGCCGCCGCCGGGGGCAUCGUGGAGCUCCUCACCGAGGCGCCGGGCGUCAACCUCGCCGCCACCAACAGCCAGGGCUUCACCUUGCUGCACCACGCGUCCCUCAAGGGCCACACGCUGGCCAUCCGGAGGAUUCUGGCCGGGGCGCGGCAGCUGGUGGACGCCAAGAAGGAGGACGGCUUCACAGCGCUGCACCUGGCCGCCCUCAACAACCACCGGGAGGCGGCACAGAUUCUUAUCCAAGAGGGCCGCUGCGACGUCAACGUCCGGAACCGCAAGCUGCAGUCGCCGCUGCACCUGGCCGUGCAGCGGGCCCACGCGGGGCUGGUGCCCCUGCUGGUGGACGCCGGCUGCGGCGUCAACACGGAGGACGAGCACGGGGACACGGCCCUGCACGUGGCUCUGCAGCGCCACCACCUGGCGCCCCUGGUGGCCGACGGGGCCGGGGGGGACCCGGGGCCUUUGCAGAUUCUGUCCAGGCUGCAGGCCUCGGGGCUCCCGGCCAGCGUGGAGCUGACGGUGGGCGUGGCAGUCGCCUGCUUCCUGGCGCUGGAGGGCGCGGACGUGAACUACACCAAUCACCGCGGCCGGAGCCCGCUGGACCUGGCCGCUGAGGGCCGAGUGCUCAAGGCCCUGCAGAGCUGCGCUCAGCGCUUCCGGGAGCGGCAGGCGGGCGGGGGCCCGCCUCCGGGCCCCAGGCUGGUGCUCAGCAUCCCCAACACGGUGACGAACCUGCACGUGGCGGCGCCGUCGGGGCCCGAGGCGGCAGAGUGCCUGGUGUGCUCGGAGCUGGCGCUGCUGGUGCUGUUCUCGCCGUGCCAGCACCGCACGGUGUGCGAGGAGUGCGCGCGCAGGAUGAAGAAGUGCAUCAGGUGCCAGGUGGUCAUCAGCAAGAAGCUGCGACCCGAUGGCACGGAGGUGGCCAGCGCGGUCCCCGCGCCCGGCCCGCCGAGGCAGCUGGUGGAGGAGCUGCAGAGCCGCUACCGGCAGAUGGAGGAGCGCAUCACCUGCCCCAUCUGCAUCGACAGCCACAUCCGCCUCGUGUUCCAGUGCGGCCACGGCGCCUGCGCGCCCUGCGGCGCGGCGCUCAGCGCCUGCCCCAUCUGCCGCCAGCCCAUCCGCGACCGCAUCCAGAUCUUCGUCUAGCCGCGCCCCUCGCUCUCCGCAGCCACGUUCGCGUCACCCUCCAGAGCCCCACCCCCCGUGUUUUAUAAAAAGAUUCACGGACU